AUGGCAGACGAAGCUGCACAGCCUAAUAUUAUUGUGAUUUGGAUUUGUAUUGGUAUUGGUAUUGGUAUUUGUGUUGAACGUGGGGGAUGGAUUAAAGUUGAAGAGGCCGAGCUUUUUGGAAAGCUCCGUCCGAUUGUAGGUGAUAAUAAGGAUGGGAUGAGGAGGCUGAAGGUCUGGAAAUGGAAAUUGAUGGUUGCCUCUUUAGCGUACCUUGUUACUGAAAGCCUUGUGCGUUCGUUGCGUUUGUUUGAAUGUGCUGGGUGGAAUUGGGAGUACAAGCAAGCCAAAGCCAAUUGUCGUCGUAGUAUUUGGAGUUGGGCUAGAAACUCCUUGACUUUUCCUCGAGUUGCAACUUGGUGCGAUUGUAUGUCUUUGAAGGGUAAGGGUGAGUUUGAGUUUGAGUAUGAGGAUGGGGUUGAGUAUGGUAGAAUGGCAGAAUGGCAGAAUGGUAGGUCAGUGGCUGAUGAACAACUGCACAGUGCAGACCAACAACAAGUCAAAAGGACUUAUCGAACCAAAAGAAGAGGGGCAGAAAUAUGA